AUGCAAAAUGGUGUGUCUCUUGAUUCAAAUGCCAACGGCGACAUGAUGUCUAUGAGUCCACAAGCAGCUAAUCAAAAUCAGAUAAAGGCAAACAUGGUUCAGAGAAGAAUGAUACCAGGCAUGAUGAAUCAAAUGCAAGCGAUUCCUGGGGGAAAUAGAAUUUUGCCUUUACAAAUGCAGCAAAACAUGUUAGCCGCUCAAAACGCAAUGGUCCAAGCUCAAAAUACGCAACUUCCUAGUCAAUCACAACAACCAUCAACGCCUACAUCCCAAGUGGUGGUAUCAGGUUCCACACAAGUACAUAUGGCCCAGCCCGGUCCAACACAGGCUAACCAUUCUUUGAAACGUAAUAACGAGGGAGUGAAUCAGCCUUUAUCAUCACCCACAAAGAGAGCGAGAAUGACACCGAAUGAGACUAAUUAUUUACAAAGUGUCGCGACUCAACGAUCUGGCACGGUAAAUCAACAAGCUCAGUUACCAAUUGCACAGCAAAAUAAUAUGGUUUUAACCACGGUGCGUCCCCUUGCGAACGCAAUUUCUUCCCCGGAACUUAAAUCUAAUAACCGCCAGCCCUCACUUCAAAAUGGGAAAUCCAAGAACGCCCCUACCCCGCAAAUGCAACAAAUGAGACAGUCACAAGUGCAGAAUAUUAAUAGUAAAUCGAUAUCACCACAUGGAAAUCUGCAAUCCCUGUCUGUUCAAAGCUCGCAUGAUAUCCAGGAUCCACAGCUAAUGAACCAGGUUAACCUUCAAAUAAAAAAUCCUCACGAUCACAACGCAAACAUUCACAACAAUCCUUUACAUGCAAUACCGAUGCAAAACACGAUGAACCAAGCCAAUCUUAUUAGACCGAACAUCCCUGGUGCCACUAUUAUGCAAAAUUACGGUGGAAUGGGAAUGACUGGAAUGGUCUCAUAUCCAAACAACAUACUGAUGCAGCGGACAUUAAUGAGACCUAAUGAUCCUAACGCACAAAAAUUCUCUCAAAAUAUUCUUAGUAUGGAUCAAAACUCGAUAGAUAAAUAUACUAAACAGACUAGGACUGAAAAUAAUAAGGUAGUAAAGGUGAGAUUUGUUACUCAACAACAGCAGCCUAGUGGCGGAUCUUCUAUCACUGCAACUACUCCACAACAGAUGGUAGUUUCAAAUGGACAGGCGCAAUCACAGCAAACUGCAUCAACUCCAUCAUCAGGAGUAAUGCCAUCUAUUAAUUCUCAACAAGAUAUGCAAGGUUCUCUCAAUAUGAAUAUAGAGGAGCUUGAGAAUUUUGCUGCGCAACUUUCUUUGCCAAUUGAGGACUUUAAUUAUGAUAUACUCGCAACUGGUGCUGGUACCAAUGACAAUUCACUUGAUAUUGGCGAUAUUCUUAACCUCGAUUUAUUAGAAGAUAUUGGACCUCCAAAUAAUACAGGUCCAAAUGCGGCUAGCAAUGGCAACUAA